AUGGAUGAUGCCAAUCUAGUUGGCACCCCGAUGGAAUGUGGAAGCAAGUUAAGCAAGCAUGAAAAUGGAGAAAUUAUGGAUCCAACUCUUUACAAAAGUUUGGUUGGAAGUUUAUGUUACUUGACAUGUACAAGGCUGGCUAUUCUCUAUGUCGUUGGAGUCUUAAGUCGCUACAUGGAAGCUCCGACAAUAACUCACUUCAAGGAGGCAAAGAGAAUCCUUUGCUACAUCAAAGGUACAAAAAACUUUGGCUUGCAGUAUUACUCUUCUAACAAUUAUGAGAUUGUUGGCUAUAGUGAUAGCGAUUGGAGUGGAGAAUUGGAUGAUGGAAAAAGCACUAAUGGUUUUGUGUUCUUUAUGGGAGAUACUGCUUUCACUUGGAUGUCAAAGAAGCAACCAAUAGUCACACUAUCAACUUGUGAAGCUGAGUAUGUCGUCGCCACAUCAUGUGUUUGUAAUGCAAUUUGGCUAAGGAGCUUGUUGAAAGAUUUAAACAUGCCACAAAAGGAUCCAAUGGAAAUAUGUGUUGACAAUAAAUCAUCACUUGCUUUAGAAAAGAAUCUCGUCUUUCAUGAAAUAAGUAAGCACAUCGACACACGUUAUCACUUCAUAAGAGAAUGCAUAGUGAGAAAAGAGGUGAAGUUGAAGUAUGUGAUGUCUCAAGAUCAAGCUGCCAACAUUUUCACCAAGCCACUCAAGUUGGAAACUUUCGUGAAGCUAUGGAGUAUGCUUGGAGUCACAAAUCAAGUUUAA